AUGUUCUCUGACGGGGAUUACGGCCUUGGUUCUCUAGACGACGCGUUUCACGGGCUCGAGACGUUUACAGACCUAUGCGAUCUGCCGGCGGGACAAGCAGCCGGCGAACUCAGCGCUGCUGUAGCAGAUGAAGCGGCACCUGCUCAGAAGCUUCACAGUGGGCCUAAAGUUGAUGCUAGCGGUGGGCCUCUUCUCGUCGCGAGCUACAGCGAGGCGCUUUGCGAUCUUCACGAUGCGACGGAUUUGUCGCAGCGCGCUGGUUACCCGUCGCAAGGUGCAUCGCAAGCGUCGCCUGCGAUGCUGCCGGCGACGCUUAACUCGGCGAUGCCGGUUUUGCCGCCGAACGCGCCGCCGUCGGUGCCGGCGCAACAGCAUCAACAGCCGGACGGCUGGAUGGCUCUGCUCGCGGCGGACCUCGGGCUUGCCGACGAGCAGCUGCUCGGAAAAGGGUCCGCGGAUGGCGGCUCAGAGGCGCACGUGUCGGGCGGAGCUUACGGCGGUGGGGCGGAGAGUGGCGAUUGGGCGGAAGCUGCAGUUUCCGCGGUUCAGUGCGGAGGAGCGCAGGGCGGAGCGGUAGGCGGAGCGGAAGGCGGAGCGGAAGGCGGAGUCGUGGGAAUACAAGGUGGCAUGGUCGCGGGGGAUGAUGAAAGGUACAACGAAAGCGCGGGACUUGAUUCGUUGGCGCAAGGAGGCGUUGGCGGGAUUUUCCCCGUGUGCGGGGUUCAGGCGGAGGCAGAUGUUGGGGAAACUGGGGGAGCAGGUCGCGGAGGAGUUGCGGCUGAAGGGACGUUGGGUGGUGGAGGGGUAGAUAACUCGCUGGUGCAGCAUCAGCAUCAGCAUCAGCAUCAGCAUCAGCAUCAGCAUGAGCAUCAGCAGCAGCAUGAGGAACAGCAGCAGCAGAGCCAUGAGUCCGUGGGUUGGCAGGGUCGCAGUAGCAGCCACGCGUGCUACUCCGGGAGUGAAGGUGAGGCGAUGCAAGCGAUUGUAGCGGGAGAGGACGAUGGGGAAGGCGCGGAUCAGAUGCCGCACGGAGAGGAGAACCCGCAAGAGCAGUACCCCCAGCAUAUGCAGGAGCAGCAGCAGCAGCAGCAGCAGCAGCAGCAGCAGCAGCAGCAGCAGCAGCAGCAGCAGCAGCAGCAGCAGCAGCAGCAGCAGCAGCAGCAGCAGCAGCAGCAGCAGCAGCAGCAGCAGCAGCAGCAGCAGCAGCAGCAGCAGCAACUGCAGCAGCAGUGGCAGGUACAGAACACUUUGCUGCAAUCCUUUCCCGCGGCUGCCGCUCCCUCUCCUCCUGUGGAAGAUCCUGCCUUCCCGCGAUGGGCCUCUGCGCCUACUGCCCUCGCGCACAGCAGCGGCGCGCGCAGGGAGCAUCCCAGUUCCGCGUGCCCAUGCGGGCGCUGUGCGCCUGGUGCGCGUGGGGGAAAAUGCUCCGCGCGGUCUCAUUCCGCUCUGGUUUCUGGCGCCGGGGCGGGCAGCAGAGCGGGGGCUGGUAGAGUGGGGGGACUGAAGGCAGUGGUAGCUAGAUCGACGGGCAAAGGACCCUCUGGCUUGUUCUCAUCAACGGGGAAAGUAGGUGCGGUCAGUGUGGGUCGGACUAGCCCUCCCAAGAAGCGGCAGCAGGUUCUUAUCGUGACUUCCUCUGCUGCCAAUCCUGGCCGUCGACCUAGAGAUUUGUCUCAGCGACUGGCGGCUGUGAUUGACCAGAUCGCUGCUGCCAACGGCGAUGUCGGUGGUGGUGAUGUUGGGACGGGAUUGGUCAAAUUUGAAAUCUCGACUUUGCCUUCGGCUGGUGGUGGUGCUGCUGCUCCUGCUGGUGAUGCUAGUGCUGGCGGUGCUGCUGCUGCUGGUGCUGCUGGUGGUGGGGUUGCCAUGGGCAGUGCAACGUCCGCGCUGUCUCUCUGGGGCCGCGUGCGGCGCGAGGGUUUGAGUCGAAUCAGCAGCUCUGGGGCGGCUUCCGCGGCCGGUUCCCCCGCGGCGCCUGCUGGUCCUAACGCGGACGACGCGCGAAGCUCUGGCGCGCUGCAGCGCGCAGCAGCAGGGGGGUUCCGCGUGGGGUCUGUGGGCGGGGAGAGGGGCGGACAAAUGGUGAGUGGGAGAGGCGCAGGGGCAGGGGCAGCAGGCGCCCACCACGCGAGGAAAGGGGCAGCUAGGAGUGUGAUUAGUUGGGCUGGCAGGAUUAAUGACCAGGGCGGGGCGUUGAAUGCGGGUUGCAUGGAUGGAGGUGCUGGCGAGUUGGGGCCGGUUGCGUUGACUGAAACGGGGAAGCGAGCGCUGCCCUUGGGUGGGUACUGGCGCGGGUCUGGGAGACUGGGUGAAGCGGAAGAGGAGGAGGAAGAGGAGGAAGAGGAGGAGGAGGAGCAGGAGGAGGAGGAGGAGGAGGAGGAGGAGGGAGAUGCGGUUGCUGAUGCACACAGCAGUGGGCAUGCAGGGGCUUUUGUGAAGAGAAGCGAUGAGGAAAACGUCCCUGGAGGCCAUUCUUUCGUCAACUCCCCCGCUGCCCUCACUUUCCCUUCCGCCCUCACCUCCCCCGCCGCCUCCGCCGCUUCCCCCGCUGCCUCCGCGUCCGACUCGCCUCCCCGCAUGUAUCCCACCCCCUUCACCGACACUACCAGUGCUGCGUUCUUCACAACCCCUCCCGCCUUCCCCGCGCCUUCUUCCAUCUCCGCCAGCCUCUCCCCCUCCUCCUCCCCUGCACGCUUCUCCUUCACUAACCCCUUGCCCAUGUCCAUAUCCGCGGGAGUGGGAGCUAUCCAGAAGGCUAUAUACCCCGAGCCGAUUUACAUUGGGUGUCCUCUGGAGGCAAAGGUGGGCGAGACUGUGGUGAGGGAGGCGGCAGGAGUGUGGCUGCAGGCGCCGAGCCUGGCGCCCGUGUCGACCAUUGCGCGGCUGCGUACUGUUGACCAGCUCACUGCGCUUGCUGAGGCGUAUGCUACUGACGACCUGACCAAGAUUCGGUUUCUGAACCGCAAGCUGACAAAGAAAGCUGACCCGAUGGGUGAUCCGCUGCAGCGCACGGUGCAUUACUUCCUGGAGGCGCUCUCGGCUCGGCAGGAGGGCCGUGGACUGCAAUUGUUCAGGCGGCCCCUUGACACCUCCAUCGAGGAGAUAUCUCAAGCCGUGAUGCUGCUGUGCCGUGCAGUCCCCUUUGUACACACAUGCCGCACCGUAAUCCACGAUACAGUACUCCACGCUCUCGCCACCGAACCCAUCUGCACCCAUCUGCACAUAAUCGGCUUCGGCAUGUUCCCAGGAGACAACUGGAUGGGCCUGCUCCAAACACUCCUCGACCUCCCCAACGGCCCGCCCCCGCGCAUCACUCUCACAGCAGUAGACGGUCCUGUUUCCCCCUGGAAAAUCGCCAUGAAAUCAGCCCUGGCGGAGUUCUGGCUAAAGCUCGAGGCGACGGCGGCAGCUAUGGGGCUAAAUUUUGCGUUCCGGCGGGCAGGCGUGGGGAUGGAGUCGCUGCGGCCGGGAAUGGUGCAGCGCGGUGGGGAGCCCGGGGAGGUGGUGGUGGUGACGUGUGCCAUGCACAUGCAGUUCCUGCCUGAUGUGUCGGUGGUGCGCUCUAACCAGCGGGACAUGGUGCUCCGAGCGGUGCACGCUCUGCGCCCGACAGCCUUUGCAAUUGUUGACAUUGACGCUAACUUCAACAGCCCCUUCUUCCUCUCGCGCUUCCGCGAAGCAGCCAUGUUCUUCACCACCCUCCUCUCCUGCGUUGACGCCUCGGGCCUGCCGCGCUCCUCGCCGCGCCGCGCGCUCUUUGAGUCCUCCUACCUUGCUCGCGACAUUGUCAAUGUCAUUGCCUGCGAAGGGCUCGACCGCAUGGUUCGGCCCGAACGUAUGGAGCAGUGGCAGACCCGGAUGGAGAGGCUCGGGUUCUUUCCCCGCGCCGUGUCGCCGAACCUUGUAGACAAGAUUUUGGACCUCGCACCGUUUCGGCUGGGAGGCAGGAGAAACUGGAUGGGUGCUGGUGGUGGCAGGGGGCAGAUGGGGUAUGAUGUGGUGGAGCAAGGGCACACAGUGCAGGUCACAUGGAACGGGGAAAGGAUCAUUUGGGCUGGCCUCUG